UUGUUCGUACUACAUGACUGGAUGUUAUUGAUCUUUUGUUGCCUUUUGUCAUGGAUGCAACAAGUUGCUUGUCGUAAAGGAAACUACUAGAUCUAGUACAACGGGGCAAGGAGAGAAGUGGAGGACGGAUAAGACGGAGGGCGAUCAAUGGCACGUCGACCGGACAACCGAUCAACGAGACAGAUCUGACCCAACAGUGUCCGAUCGAUUGUGUUGCAAGCAAGCGAUUGCAGGAUGGGUGGGCGUGUGUGACUGGUGGAUGUGGUUUGUGCCAGGUACUCUACUAGCUAGCUAGCUAGAAGCAUACAGUAUUAGAGAUUAGUGUUUACCUGGAGUUACGAAUAUUUCUUUGAAAGCAACUUAGGGACGAAACCUGUCAUAGCACAACGAUGGAUUUGUCCCUUCCCGGCUUCAAGUUCCCGGUCAAGGUUGAGUGGUGCCUAACUACACGGUAUAGCACACCUGCCCGGUCGUCAGUCGUUGUAAGAAUGCAUACCGCAGCCCCGAGUGACUCAGUCCCAAUUCCCACAACGUCCGUCCCUUCUACCCCGCUGCCAUUGCUUUUCCCCAUCCUCAUCUUAGUUCUCUCUAACGUAACUUUCCCGUUUACUUGUGGCUGGCUUUGUCGGAUAGUAGUCUAUUGAGUUACGCACUGUACUGUACUGUAAGGUACCAUGGCAGCAGCCCCUCAACAAGCCCUCUCGAGUGGAGGCAAGGUCCUAUUUGGAUCUCUCUGUGCCGGUACAUUUGUGUUGGGUGUCUGGCAAACGCAACGAUUCUUUGAAAAGCAAGUGUUGACUACUGCCCGUGAAGAGCAAAUGCAACAAGCUCCACUAACGUCCUUGACGGCAGCCAUGCAUCUGCGACAAGAAACUCCCUUUCGACGAUGGCAAGUGACGGGUCAGUUUGUUCACAAGGGAGAAGUACUGGUGGGACCACGAGGACUCCCUCCCGGUGCCUUGCCCAAAAAGACGACACCAUCGAGAGGUGUCAUGGGUGAUUCCAGUGCCGGUACGGGACCACAGGGAUACUUUGUUGUGACGCCAUUUGAAAUUACCGAAGAAGAUGCCACGUCCAAAUCCACACGUACCGUGCUGGUCAAUCGAGGAUGGAUCCCCAAGGAAUUCAUUGAUCAAACUACCAACACAAAGGGACUUUGGAGUCGACCGGAAGGAUCUUGCAUGAUUUCCGCCAUUCCCAUUCAAUUUGAGGAACCCAAAUGGCUCAAGCCACAACACGAUUUUUCCAAACGACCAUUGAGACUCAUCUUCUAUGAUGGAGAUGCCUUCAAGGUCGUGUUGGAACAAAUUCGUGAUGACAACAACAAUCCACGCAAUAAAGUGACAGAGGAAGAAGAAUCCCUCAUUCUCUUGACGCAAAUCAAAGACACGGAUCAUCAAAAAGAUGUCAAAAAAUUGGCGUUUCCAUUGCAAUCACCGGCCGAUCAAGUGGGUGAAUACAAAAUUAGUCCUCUUAUUCAUGCUGGAUACGCUACCACUUGGUUUGGUUUGUCCGGUGCUGGCUUGUACAUGACACGCAAGUUGUUGACAAGAGGAAGAUAGUAGG